AUGACUGUCUUCAAGAAAAGCGGAGGAAAUGGAGAGAGACCUUCGGUAGCGGAAAGGGUAUCGCUGAACUUCGGAAGGAUCACGGUAUCGUCGCCGACGUCUGCCAUUCCACCACCCUUACCUCAGCGUCGAACUGCGGGUGGGCAACCGCCACCGCUUCCCCCCAGACAAGGAAGUUCCUCAUCCAGAAAUUCUACAACUGGCAGCCCACAAUCGUACCAGUUCUCUCCCCACUCCCCACCACCCUCACCACAUCCCCAUUCGACGCAUUCAUAUACUAUGCCGACUCCCCCUCCUCAACCUCGACCUUCUCCUGUCCGUGGAGAAACAAAGCCGCGUUCUUUUGAACAGGCUGCUGGUUCCUGGGGCCCUUUUCUCAACGCUGACAUGAGUCCAUCCAAACUCUUCAGCGAACUAUUGGAUGCGAUAUUUUCGUACCUAGAUCCAAAAAAUACGGGAUAUCUUACUCCAGAAACAUACUCCAAGUUUCUCGAUGAUCAAGGAUACAUGGUUCAUGAUAACCCUUGGAAAUCAGCACUCAAACCUCAACCUGUACUCGGAAUCCCGCAAGAAUAUCUUGCCGACAAAGCGCUCAAAGAUGCAUAUGACCUCUUUUCCAUUGACCACGUCACCCAGGAACGCCCCAAGAACACCAUAACGCCCUGCGGCUCCAACCCUUUCACUGCUCAGUUUAGAAGGCUCGGAAUCAACUAUGAACCAUCCCCAUCUCCAGCAGCUGCCUUGGUCAGCUCUAACGGGGUUAUGCCACUCUUGACGCGGAAAGGAUUCUUGGAUAUCACUUGUGUGGAGGUCUUAUACGAACCUUCGAAACAUUGGGGGAAUUUAAGCAGGGUACUGAAGCGGUACGUUAAUGCGCCUGAUGCAGGACCGAUGGGUGAAUAUCGACGAUGGGGUGAUCUACCGAGGGUAGUUCUACCUGAAAUGCCGGAUCCGGUCAUGGUAGAGAGAGUGAAAAGAAUUGGAGAGAUUUCGAAGGCGAAAGCGCAGGAAGUGUUGGCCGCAUCGCACGCUAUGCAUUCGGUGGCGGCUCAGGGAAGGCAGAAUGCGCUGGAUUUGAUUGACAAUAGGUAUGUGUAUCGGUAUUACUGA